AUGAGUGGACUCGAGCUCUGGCAUUCAUCCUACUUCCUUUUCCCAUUUCUCAUCCUGUGCCACCUGUACAUCUCCCCUUAUACCAAAGUCGAAGAGUCCUUCAAUAUCCAAGCUGUCCAUGACAUACUGGAAUAUGGCGUGCCUACCCAGAACGCAAAUGUCAAAUUCAGGGCCCUCUAUGACCAUAUGACAUUUCCUGGCGCCGUGCCUCGGACAUUCAUUGGGGCUGUGGUUCUAGCAGCUGUCGCGAGGCCGUUUGUUUGGCUCGGAAAUCUUGAUGGGAGACAGCAGCAACUACUCGUCCGCUCGAUUCUCGGUCUCUUCAAUGCAGCUGCUCUCACCUACUACGCAUCAGGGGUGAGGCGAGCUUAUGGCAAGACUGCCGCAGCUUGGUACACCAUCCUCCAAGCAAGUCAGUUUCAUGUCUGGUAUUAUUCGUCGCGGACAUUGCCCAACAUGUUCGCCUUUGGGAUGAGCACGAUUGCACUCUCCCUCCUCCUCCCGGUUACGCCGUCGACCACAGAAUCCCUGGUCAAACGAAACAAGCUGGCAUUAUACCUCCUGACCCUCGCAGCUAUCAUAUUCCGCUCCGAGAUUGCUCUUCUCCUAGGCUGUCAAUGCCUCUACAUGCUGCUCCGCCCGGGGUUCAACCUCCCCGUGGCCGUCUCCCUGGUCCGCAGGAUCUUCAUCCCGGCCAUCCUCACCGCGACGGUCACGGGCCUUUUGUUGACCGUGUCUGUCGACACGUUUUUCUGGCAGUCGCCAAACCUCCUCUGGCCCGAACUCGUGGCCUUCUUGUCCAACGUCUUCCCACCAGAGGGAAGCCUCGGGGCCUCUGCCUGGGGGACGAGCCCCUGGUAUUGGUACUUUACCAACGCCCUGCCGCGGCUUCUGAUGAAUCCCCUGGUGGUGGUUCUGAUCCCUGCCGCCUUCAUUUACCCCAGCAUCGCAACGUCGAGCUUGGACCUCAUAGUCCCCUCGAUGGGUUAUGUCUGUUUAUAUUCCUGCCUCGCACACAAAGAGACACGCUUUCUCCUCCCCAUCAUCCCUCCGCUGACCGCAGCGGGCGCCAGAGUCGCUGCUCACAUCUCCACCCUCGGCGAUCGCCAUCUGCGCCACCACCUCGUCACAAACUUGAUCGUCCUGACUACAAUCUUUGCCGCUCUUAUCUCUCACGUGUUCCUCCUCCCGCUGUCUGCGCAGACCUAUCCAGGCGCCCACGCGCUGUCGUCCCUGCACGCCCUCUCGCUCAACUACCCACCGCAACCGACCGUCCGCGUACACCUGACCAACCUCGCCCUGCAGACGGGGGUGACGCACUUCCUCUCCACGCCGUCGCUUACGAACUCGUCAGGCCACGGCCGGCCCGUCUUCUACCUCCCCGGCUCACCGUCGGGCGACAAGCCGGCGCUCGUGUCGACGCUGCGCACGCGGUGGGUCUACGACAAAUCGGACAACGAGACGGACCUGCUCUCCCCGAUGUUCUGGGCGCGGUUCGACUACGUCGUCGUCGAGGACCCCGCCCGCGUCAUCGGCCGCUGGGACGUCGUCGACAAGGUCCCCUCGCUGGGACCUCUGCGCCUCGUCGGCCCCGACGUCGGGCGGGGCACGCUGGUCCUGGGCGGCAGGGGCGAGAGGAGGGAAGACGACGCCCUCUCCCGCCUCGUGGACGCCAUGUACGGUGACAAGGUGAAACGGUUGUACGGAGUCGUGCACGACCUGCUCCGGGAAGGCUAUGGACUGCACAAUGUGCUGGGUCGGCGAGCGAGUUGGACAAAGGGGUGGUGGGCCCAUUGGGGGUUGGAGAACAGGUUGUACAUUCUAAAGAGGGCACAGUAG